AUGCCUUCAUUUAAGAUAAGCUGGAUCUCCAUUUUACUCGCCCUCUUCGGUCCUACCAGUGCACAAUCUCCCAACUAUUGUCCGCUUCUUGGACCAGUCUAUCCACCCCCCACAAAUCUAUCAAACGAUCCAACUUUUGCGACAACAAUCCAGGAUAUAACUUCAAUUCUCGAUGAAGCCACCAAUAAUGGCAGUCUAUCUGAAACUUCUAUCUCUGUACAGCUAUUUGACGCCAGCGAUAUGGCCCCGUUGCUAAAUUUCGCAUACACUGCCGACAAUAUCAACAUUACUCUGGGUGUGAGCACCGUCGACCAAGACACGGUGUUCCGCGUGGGGAGUGUAUCAAAGCUAUGGACUAUGGUGCUGCUCCUGGUCGAAGAGGGUCUUUGGCCUUUCCAAGAACCCGUUGCAAGAUUUGUCCCCGAGCUGCGCGAGGCUGCUAGCAAGCUUCGGUGGGAUCCGCGUAAGAGGCGGGAUGGUAUUAAUCAUCUUGACUGGGGUGAGGUCUCGAUAGGAGAAUUAGCUAGCCAUCUGGCCGGCGUUGCCAGGGAUUACGGCGUACUUGACCUUGUGGGGAUGGCUUCUCAAAUGGAACAACUGGGUUUCCCUCCGCUCCCACAGUCUGAGAUUCCAUCAUGUGGAAAUCCGGAUCCCUGCAGCAGAGAACAAUUCUUCAAUGGACUGCUUCAAAGCCAUCCCAUUGUACCGACAUCCUCGACACCAGUGUACUCCAAUGCAGCAUUCCAGAUUCUUGCGUAUGCAUUGGAGACCAUGACGGGCCAAUCAUAUGAAGAGCUACUACAACGAGAUAUAAUUGCACCGCUAGGGCUCAAUGGAACAUACUAUAAGACACCCAGCAUAUCUCUUGGUGUGAUUCCUAAGGAUUCUGGUGAAUACUGGUGGAAAUUUGACCUCGGCGAUGAAGGACCCGCUGGGGGUAUCUUCUCAAGUACAAGGGACAUGGCAACUCUGGGCCAAGCAAUCCUGAGUAGUUCGCUAUUUCCUAAAUCAAUCACGAGACGAUGGAUGAAGCCCAUUACCCAUACAUCGUCACUGGAUUAUGCCGUUGGAGCCCCGUGGGAGAUUGUCUCGUUUGGUGACGAGCGCCCUAUCGACAUUUAUUCAAAGGCAGGCGAUAUUGGCGCCUACUCAUCCACCAUCGCUCUCUCCCCAGACCACAAUGUCGGCGUCACCGUUCUUUCCGCGGGUGCAGACGGUCACGCCAAAGUUGCUUUAGCAGCGGAUCUCAUCUCAGCCAGACUGAUUCCCGGUCUGGAGGCGAGCGCCAAAAGCCAAGCCACCACACGAUUUGCAGGAAAUUAUGCUGCGUCAAAUGGCACGAACUCUUCGAUGGCGAUCACAACAGAUGACGGACCUGGUUUGCUAGUUACGAGCUGGGUCAAUAACGGAACCAACAUGAUUGAGUCUAUGAUGACUCUUGCCGGGCAUACCCAAGAUCCGUCCACUUUCAGUAUUCGGUUAUAUCCGACUGGACUUGAAAGUCCGGGCCAGAUCUCCUUCAGAGCGUUGAUGCCUCCUACACUAUCAACGGUUGGGAAUGGACCUUUUACGUCGUCGUGUAUUGCGUGGGUCACCGUUGAUGGGAAAGUUUAUGGUAAUGUGGGGAUUGAUGAGUUUGUUUUUAAUGUCGAUGAGACGGGUAGUGUGAAUAGUAUAGCGCCUUUGGUUCUCCGUACUACUUUGUCGAAGACCUGA